CCACGAGAACCUAAUUAUCAAUAUGAAGAGGGCAAUUCUUUUGGCGACAUUUAUGCUUGUUUUACAUCAAACAAAAGGUCAGACGUCGGCCUCAGUGACUUGUAACUCCAAUCACACUGUGAGUAUAGUGAUCUCAAACGUGGAUGAUGUAGAAUUUUGGGACCCACCAGAGUGGAGAACUUCGACAAACACUGCAGCGUGUCAACCAACACUUAAUGAUGGUGCUGAAACAGUUACCUAUGAAGCUCUACACCUCCCUGACUGUGCUUACGAGUCAAACCAGAAAGAUGGAGAAGUUCAAUACAUCCUCAAAAUCAGCGCUGAAAAGACUGCAGGUGAUCCAGUUACAAAGCAGUUGCGCACUUAUGACCACCUGUACUACGUCACGUGUAACUACGAUAACGCAGGCAGAGCUUCGGCGAGUUUUGUGCCGAUCAGGAACCGAGCAGAUAACGACACAGAUGACGGAUUUUUCACCUUUUCUCUCAUGGCGUAUAUGGACGACAUACAUAGAACUCCCGUUUACGGCUCUGUUGAUCUGGAUGUAGAGAUUUUCUUCAAAGCUGAAGUCGAGACUCAAAGCAAUGCACCCAACCUUGACUUGUAUCCUGUGCGAUGCUAUUCAUCACAAAGCGAUAAUCCAGAUGAUACUGGUGCUAACUUUACUCUUAUAAGCAACGGUUGUGGCAGCGAUGAUGUCAGCGAAGACCUCAGCGACACAUUGUCAUACAGUUGUACCGAAAGCAGCAAAUAUGAAAUGUUCUCACUCAAAAGUUAUCGGUAUUUUGGGGCAGAAGCAGGAGCUUCUGUUUACAUCCACUGCGAUUUCAGAGUUUGCUUGGCAGAUGUAGCCUAUACCAAAUGUCAAUGUCCAGAUAAUGCUGCCACUUGCGUAGGUGAUCCUACCACUGAUGUUCCUCCGAGACCGGUGCUGAGGCGUAGACGUCGUUCAAUCUCUGAUUCUGUGGAUGAGCCACAGAUUUAUCAUGUUGUCUACGGUCCAUUCACCUUUAAGCAAGAAGAACUGAACAAAGAUGAAGCUGCAUCUGAAGACCAAGAGGAGACCAGCCAGUCUUUCCAGAAGGUGGCAAUUGUUGGAGCAGUAUGUGGUGUUGCGGCUGUAACUGUCAUCUGCGCUACUGUCUACCUUGUCAUUCGCUAUCGCAACAAACGCUUGCAAAAUGGAGAUCUGCACGUGGUCACCUAA